AUGUCUCGUGCUCCGAAUUACGAGUUUCAGGAAUGGUGGAACAAACAGAGAGAAAGAGAAAAUCUCGAUCUAUUCGAAGAUAAAUCCGAUCAAUCCUCAUCUCCUUUUAUCGCCGUCGAUGUCUCCGGCAGCGGCGGCGGUGGAGGAAGCAACAACAACAACCGGUCAGAUCCGUCAGUUAGGAAAGAGCGUACACGAAGCGCGCGGCAGUUAUCAUGGGUCUGUUUGUUAAAAUUCCAACAAAUUGCUUCAACCGUUGGGUUUUUAUCCAACGGGUUACUUUACCUUGUCCGAACGGCGAAUCGGAGAAUUGCUUCGCGCGAUUCGCCAGCGGAUUCGUCUUCCUCGCGGCUUUAUAAAGCCAUCAGGGUGUUUUUGAUUGUUGUAAUUGCGUUGUUAGGGUUUGAGCUGGUUGCUUAUUUUAAAGGCUGGCAUUUCCGGCCGCCGUCGGUUGGGUCUGCUGAUGUGUUGGGAUUGGUUGGGGAGUUUUAUGCGCGGUGGAUUGAUAUUCGGGCGAAUUAUUUGGCGCCGCCGUUGCAGUUGUUGACGAAUAUGUGUAUUUUGUUGUUCAUUGUGCAGUCGGUGGAUAGGAUUGUUUUGAUUUUGGGAUGUUUUUGGAUCAAGUUCAGGAGGAUUAGGCCUGUUGCUAGUGUGGAUUAUGAUAAGAAUGUUGAGAGAGUUCAGGAUUAUCCAAUGGUUUUGGUUCAGAUUCCUAUGUGCAAUGAGAGGGAGGUUUACCAUCAAUCCAUUGCAGCAGUUAGUAUCCUGGAUUGGCCAAAGGAGAGAUUGCUCAUACAAGUUCUUGAUGAUUCGGAUGAAGUAGAAAUUCAAAACCUCAUCAAGGCAGAAGUGCAUAAAUGGCAACAAAGGGGUGUUCGGAUUAUCUAUAGACAUAGGCUUAUACGCACAGGAUACAAGGCGGGGAAUCUUAAAUCAGCAAUGGGUUGUGAUUAUGUUAAGGAUUAUGAGUUUGUGGCAAUAUUUGAUGCUGAUUUUCAGCCAACACCAGAUUUCUUAAAGAAGACAGUACCUUAUUUCAAGGGAAGGGAUGAUUUGGCAUUAGUCCAGGCGAGAUGGGCAUUUGUAAACAAGGAUGAGAACUUGCUUACAAGAUUACAGAAUAUCAAUUUAUCUUUCCACUUUGAGGUUGAACAACAGGUGAAUGGUAUCUUCAUUAACUUCUUUGGUUUCAAUGGAACUGCUGGUGUCUGGAGAAUAAAAGCCCUAGAGGAGAGUGGGGGCUGGUUAGAGCGAACAACUGUCGAAGACAUGGACAUUGCUGUUCGUGCUCAUCUUUGUGGAUGGAAGUUUAUUUUUCUCAAUGAUGUUAAGUGCCUCUGUGAGCUUCCAGAGACAUAUGAGGCCUAUAAAAAACAACAGCACCGCUGGCAUUCUGGUCCAAUGCAAUUGUUUCGUUUGUGUUUUGUUGAUAUACUUCGUUCAAAGGUUAGUUGGGCAAAGAAGGCUAAUUUGAUAUUCCUUUUCUUCCUCCUAAGGAAGCUUAUUCUGCCAUUUUAUUCGUUCACCCUCUUCUGCAUCAUUCUUCCAUUGACCAUGUUCCUUCCAGAAGCCGAGCUCCCAGCCUGGGUUGUUUGUUACAUUCCCGGAGUCAUGUCUCUCCUUAGUGUUCUUCCAGCUCCACGGUCAUUUCCAUUUAUAGUACCUUAUCUUCUAUUUGAGAACACUAUGUCAGUAACCAAAUUUAAUGCAAUGAUAUCUGGAUUAUUUCGCUUCGGAAGUUCUUACGAAUGGGUGGUUACAAAAAAAUUGGGAAGAUCAUCCGAGACAGAUUUGGUUGCCUUCGAAAAGCAAUCCGAACCUCUAAUGCGAGCUCAUAGUCUUCACCGAUCUUCCUCAGAUUCAGGCAUUGAAGAACUAAGCAAACUUGAACUCUCAAAGUUAGCUCCAAAGACCAAGAAAAACCGGCUCUACAGGAAAGAACUUGCUCUUGCAUUUAUUUUGUUAACUGCCUCAGUUAGAAGCUUACUAUCUGCUCAAGGAAUUCACUUCUACUUCCUAUUAUUUCAAGGGAUAAGUUUUCUAGUUGUUGGUCUUGAUUUAAUCGGAGAGCAGGUUAGUUGA